AUGGUCCCCGACCUACAAGCGUACAGGCGACGACGCUUGGCGUCUGGAAAGGGUGCGACCAAUGUCGAGAUUCCGGAGUGGACUAUGGGCGACGACGAUUUUGGCCACGAGAAUAGCGCGCCGCCCCGGAGACGGCGAAAGCGAAGGUCGAAGAUCCCACAAUCCAUCUUCGUUGAUGAGGACGCAUCGAGACCGACGAACGUGGAAGUGACCGCGAGCGUGUCUGGGAGCACAUGGCCAUCUGGACUACCCAGCAACGACGCUGAGCUGCCUCCCGACGGUACGGUUAUGCCCACAGCAACCUCUUCACUCAUGGACUUUAUCAACGCACCCCCCUUUGUGACGAUCUCAGUGCCAUCGACGACUGGAUCCAUCACCGAGAGGACGUCCAUCCCUACGUUUACCCCAAACGCCGACGCAGAUUCGAACGGGGACUCUUUAUCUGACUCUGGGAUCGACUCCUCGACCGACUCCGAGGACGAGGACGACGGUGAAUCUUCUGACUCUGGUUCCGAGGAUGAUUCGCGGCCCUCCCUUUCUCCCAGACCACCACAUUCCGGUUCUUCUGAAGGUAUAAGGCUUGACCCGCCACCCUCCAAGUCGCUGCCUAGUGGGCCGGAGACCGAGUCGACAUCUGGCCCCAAUCCAAAUGCCUCGGCCGAGGCCUCCAGAGAAGCUGAGAUACAACAUCACCAGGACACGAGAAUGGCACUCAUCGUUGUGGGAUGUAUCGCCGGCGUCGUGUGCUUGGGCGUUGGCCUGUGGUUCCUCGCUCGCUAUAUCCGGCGCCGUCAAGAUGCUGGCAAAAGCCGCGGGCCAGCUUCCAGGCGAUACCAACCCCCGGCUUUGCUGCGGCGCGUCCCCUUUCUCGAGAAGCGCUAUGCUGACCGGACCUGGCUCAAUGUCGACGAGCCCGAGAAGACUGCGCCUCCCAUCGGUGAGAAAGAGUUGCUGGCGUACCUCCCUGACAAGCCUCCUGCCGUACAGGCUGACAUCAGGGUGACCAGUGCCACCUUGGAGACCUAUGCUGCCCCAUCAACGACGCCCUCUCACGCGGCUUUUGGGUACACGGCGUCCAACCCGCAACCCCCCUACUCACCGACCGAGUCUUCGCUGUCCUCUGCCUAUGGGAACGGAACGUUCAUCCCCCCGACGCCUCUGCACCCACCGCCCCGUCGCGUUCCCGAGGCCGAUGGGGAUGAAAUGUUCCCACCGCCACUACCUGUCGUUCCCCGGUCCCGCGACACAAUCUACACACAGUACUCCCAGGCGUCGUCCGUGCCACGGUUCCGGACUGUUAGUAUGUGGGUUCGCCACCAGACCAAGCGGGUGGCGCGCGAUCCUGUACCAGAGCAAGGCUACGGGCUGAUGAUGCCAGAUGAGGAGGCCCCCCGGAGGGUGGUGGUGGCGCCACAGGGGUUAGGCUACUCGCAGUAG